CGCCUCUUUUCUCCUCCACGGAGAGCAGUCGGUGUGUGCAGUUGUAAUCCAUCCUGAGUAAUUCACUUGCGUGGGGAAGGCGGACCAAAAAGGGCGUGAACGCACACAAAAGAGGCACGGAUAACGGAAAAGACACCAGACGGGACCAGCGCGCGCGCAGACUGCUCGGCUUUCAUUACUUCAAACACACCGGACUCCGUUGAACCUCAAGAUGAGCACCCUGAGACCGUUCGAACCGGGACCUUUAGUGGAGAUGAUGCGGAUGAUGGAGAUGCACGAGGCGCGCACGGGCAGCGAUGCUUGCCGUUACGGUUCCCCGAUGGCUUUUGUAGAAUGAGAGUUUGGGUAAGCGCGCAGAGAUGUCGGUGCCUUUGCUGAAGAUCGGUGUGGUGCUCAGCACCAUGGCCAUGAUCACCAACUGGAUGUCCCAGACUCUGCCAUCACUAGUGGGACUGAACACCACCAAACUGACCGCGGCGCAGGGCGGCUAUCCGGACCGGAGUAUAGGAGUUUUACCCGCUAACCCAGAGGAGUCCUGGCAGGUGUACAGCUCGGCUCAGGACAGCGAGGGCAGGUGUGUGUGUACAGUCGUGGCACCUCAGCAGACCAUGUGCUCGAGAGAUGCCCGCACCAAACAACUGCGCCAACUACUGGAGAAGGUGCAAAACAUGACGCAAUCAAUUCAAGUGUUGGACCAGCGGACCCAGAGGGACCUGCAGUACGUGGUAAAGAUGGAGGAUCAACUCCGUGGCCUGGAGACCAAAUUCAGACAGGUGGAGGAGAACCACAAACAAAACAUCGCCAAGCAAUACAAGGCCAUAAAGGCAAAAAUGGCAGAGCUGCGUCCGCUAAUCCCCGUCCUGGAGGAGUACAAAGCUGAUGCUCGACUGGUCCAGCAGUUUAAGGAGGAGGUGCAGAAUCUGACUGCGAGUCUCGGCCUCCUCCAGCAGGAGAUGGGAGCCUAUGACUAUGAUGACCUGCACUCACGCGUGGUCAGUCUGGAGGAGCGGCUGCGAGCAUGCAUGCAGAAACUCGCAUGCGGUAAACUGACCGGGAUUAGUGACGCAAUCACUAUUAAAACAUCCGGGUCCCGCUUCGGAUCCUGGAUGACGGAUCCUCUCGCUCCUGAAGGAGAUACUAGGGUGUGGUACAUGGACGGUUAUCAUAACAACCGCUUUGUGCGGGAGUACAAAUCCAUGGCGGACUUCAUGACGUCAGAUAACUUCACGUCCCACCGGCUCCCACACCCCUGGUCUGGAACAGGUCAGGUUGUCUACAACGGCUCCAUCUACUUCAACAAGUUCCAGAGCAACAUGAUCAUCAAAUUCGACUUCAAAACCUCCACCAUGAGUAAAUCCCAGCGACUGGACAACGCCGGCUACAGCAACACCUACCACUACGCUUGGGGCGGACACUCCGACAUCGACCUCAUGGUGGACGAGGGUGGGCUCUGGGCCGUCUACGCAACCAAUCAGAACGCGGGAAACAUUGUCAUCAGCAAGCUCCACCCAAUCACCCUGCACAUCAUCCAGUCCUGGACCACUAAUCACCCGAGGCGCAGCGCUGGGGAGUCCUUUAUGAUUUGCGGGACGCUGUAUGUGACCAACGGCUACUCGGGAGGGACAAAGGUCUACUAUGCCUACCACACCAACUCCUCAACAUACGAGUAUAUCGAUAUCGUUCUGCAAAACAAGUACUCGCAUAUCUCCAUGUUGGACUAUAACCCGCGGGAUCGAGCGCUGUACGCUUGGAAUAACGGACAUCAGGUCCUGUACAACGUUACGCUUUUCCAUGUCAUCCGCUCGGAGCAGCUGUAAACGUGGAGGAUUUCGUUUGGAGCUUCAAAUAAAAAUAUGGAACAAGACAAUCCUUUGGAAUGUCCAUCAACAGAUUGUUACACAAUGAUGUCCCUUUUUUGGUCUUGUUUUUUUAGUAUAAAUAUUUAAACAAUCUUAAAGGGAUAGUUAAAAAUACAAAAAUUGUAAUUCUGCCAUCAUUUACUCACUCUUCAAUUGUUCUAAAUCAGUUUUUGUUGUUCUGUUGAACACACAAGAAGAUAUUUUGAAUAAUGUUCGAAAUCUGUUAUCAUUAAUGCUGGUUUAUACUUCUGCGUCGAGUGAUCGGCAUGACCCACGGCGCCUUACUUGCGCGUAGUCGUGCAUUUACACUUCUGCGCGCAGUCUGUGUUGCUCUGAAAUGAUACUUUCCAAACGCUAGCUGGCAGUGAGGUUUUUAGGGUCCUCUGUGUCGUGUUCCUUCGCCGGUGUUUUGUUUUUUCUGAAUGCUACCUUCAGUGCUUAAUUUGUAAAUGAAUAAUUCCCAGAACAAACCAGGAAAUAAAAGUUACCGUGACUGAUUCAGUUUUCCCAAAACAUAACGUCAUUAAAUAGUGAUAUCGCAAAAAAGAGCAUCACAUUUCUGAACGCUCUUUAAUUAUUGUGUGCCAUAUAACGUUAUAGGUCAGUCAUAGAUAAUAAAAACAUGCAGCUACAAACAUAAAUCAUAAAAACAAUCACUAUUCAGUUUACUUCACUGUUAUAGGCCAAGUGAAAAUAAGAAUUAAAUGACUCACUCGGUCUAAUCUUCAAGAAGAGAACCACAGUUACCUCUUCUUUCAUGUUCUGUAGCUGACUUGAGAUCGCUUUGUUUUUGUAUCCUGAUCCAUUGGUGCAGUUUUAUCAAGAUCUCGUUUGAUCAGGCUCAUUAUCAGAUUUACUUUAAAAAAUGAAAUGCGGGACUGCCUCUUUGCCAUUUUGAAAAUACAGAUAUUAUUUAGGCAGGCCACUGUGACAUUAUUCAUUUUCGCUGAUCACUACAUGCGGAACAACAAUCACCAACCAAUGAGAGUGUUUGUAAACAUAAGAUAAAUAUUGAUGGGGGCCAAUAGAUUAACGUGACUUUUGCUUUAACUUUUGCAUGGUGACUAUCGUCAUGUGUGUGUGCGCACACGGAAUCCACACAGCCUUUUCUUGCUCUCUCACACACACACGUAGGUGUUCACCACGCAAAAGUUAAUGCCGAAUCUAUUAAAAUAAAUACCGGAACGCAAAACACAAAUAUCUGACAUUUUCUGGAACAAGAUCCAGCUCAAAUUAAGCACUGGCUACCUUAAUGUACAAGAAGCUAAAACUCGCAAACACAAAACAAAGGUAAAUACAAAACAGCAGUUUCCAUCUAAAGCUCCUUUACUGGACUCGACACUUGUAAACGCUCUCUGCCUCGCUUUGUCACAGCUACCAAGCCGACCAAUCAAAGAGCCUGUGCUACGUAUUGUUAGGACGUGUAGUUACAUUUUUUGAGAGGUGUGUGUCAGCCACAGUGCGGGUUAUGCGACCGCUUGAAGGCUUUGCCAGGGCAUACGCAUGCGCUUGAUGCAGAAGUAUAAAACAGCCUGCUACUGUUACUGUAAACUUUAUUGUCCCCUUUUGGGGUGAUUUAUUCUGCAGUGUAAAAGAUUUACAACGCAUAUAUCAUUCCACACACUUAAGGCAAACAUUACACAACAUUAAUAGUACUAAAAACAGUGGCUACCUCUUCCCAUUAAAAUUCAGUCAAUCAAUCGCACAAGGAACAAAUGUAAAUUUAAAUCUGUUGGUCCUUGCCAGAGGGACCCUAUACCGAGAUCCUGCGGGAAGAAUUUGAAAUGAAUCCAAAAGAGGAUGGGAUAUAUCAGAUGUUGUCUGAUGAGCUUUCUUUAACACCUGAAUUUCAUACAAAUUGGAUUACCUCGUCACUUUUACCCCUAAUACUUUUCUGCAGGUAUUUAAAACCUUAGACAGUGAGUUCUUCUGUUUUACUUUUAAAGCAAACUAACAAUUCAAUCAAAAGGUUCAAGCGAAUUCUAUAUAGUCAUUAUAAAAUGCCACCAUCAAUGUGGCCUAUCAAUAAUAAACUUUGGUAAUUUUCACAGACAAUAAAGUCUUUGUUGGUCUGUCCACAGACUUUCAGUAUUUUCAUUCAAAUUGAAUUUAUUAUCAAUAAUAGUACCUAGGUACUUAUAACUUUCAACUCAUUUAAUCUUUAUUUCUAUAGCGCUUUUACAAUGUGGAUUGUGUCAAAGCAGCUUAACACAGAAGUUCUAGUAAAUUGACACUGUAUCAGUCCAGUUUUCAGAGUUAAAGUU